AUGGUAAAAUUUCAUUUAGGAUUAGAUCAUUUAAUCAUUGUUUUACAUAAAGAAUUUUUAAUAUUUACUAAUAAGACACAGGAAAAUACAUGGAAAUUUCUACAAAAAGUUGAUUGUGCAGUUAACUUUAAAACUUCCAGUGAAUCAUGUAUUGAUUGUUGUGAGUUUUCACCAUGUGGAAAGUAUUUUGGAGUUAGCUUUGAUAAAAACAUUUUAAUUUACAACACUUUUGAAUGGAAUUUAUUACAUAUUGCUUUGGGUGAAAGAAAAGCUUCUUGUUUAUGCUUUUUUCCUAAAUCGAAUAUAAUUUUAUUAGGAAACAAAACUGGAUUCACUACUUUUUAUUCUUUUGAAGGCAAGGAACUUAGUAAAGUAAAUUCAUCUCUUGGCCACAAUUCUAUGCUAACCAGUGCCUUAAUAACGGAUAAUGAAAAAUAUAUAAUUACGUCCGACAGAGAUGAAAAAAUAAGAAUUACUAAUUAUCCCAAUACUUAUAAUAUUGAAAGGUUCUGCUUAGGCCAUAAACAAUUUGUGUGUUGGUUAGGAUUUCUUCCUAGUAAUAAAGAAGUUUUGAUUUCAUGCUCAGGAGAUGGAACAAUAAAGUUUUGGAAUUAUUUAAAUGGAAGUGAACUUGCCGAGUAUGACUGUAAAUCUGAAAUUAAUUGUAAAAAAAACAAUGAAGACAAUAAAGUAGUUAUAGUAAAAGUAGCAUGUUGUGAACUUAAAUCAGAGUCAAUUUUAGCAGUUGUUGAGUACAAAUCUAAUAAAGUGAGAAUUUUAAAGGUUAAAAGUGAUUCCACAAAUAAUCUAGUUAUAGAAUUUGUUGACAAUUUGGUAUUACCAUGUGUUCCAUGGGAUAUUGUAUUUUGUAAUCAAUGUUUAAUUUGUUUAGUGCCUAAUAAAAGUCAACCUUUAUCAUUAUGGUCAAAAGAUGGUGACAAUUUUAAAAAUGAACAAUUUCAAAAUAUAAACCAAUAUUUAAUUGAUAAUUUUGAUUAUGUUAUUAAUCAAAAUAAACAAAUAACUGAUGUGAUACCUAUUUUAUUCAAAAGAGACAUUGAUAAUGUUCAGGAGUAUCAAAAAAGAAAAAAAGCCAGAUUAUUAAGAACAGGAAAAACUGCCUAA